AUGGCACCCUCGCGGCGUGGAACUUCACAUCGGGUCAGCAAACGACCAGCGGCCGUUGUUAAAGCAUCAAAAACCGCCAAACUCCCCGUCGCCCUGAGGUCGGAAUUGGAAGCAGUGGCCUUUGAGCCUGUAAUCCAUACGAAGAGUGUUAAGCAUGUCCCUAAGCGCAAAUGCGAUGCAGUGCAGGAUGACAGUGAGAGUGAGCCGGGUGGCGUCUAUGUCACCCGGAUCACUACAAAAAAGACCAAGUUGCAACAGCCGACGCCUCCUCCAAGCAAGUUCCAGAACGAAACAGAUUCCAUCGACACAGAGUUCUCGCCAACGAUGACCUUUCGGCAACUGUCUCUCGACGCCGAUAAGACCCAGGCGGCUCCGCAGGUGCUUCCUCCGGUUUUGCAGGACUUUGUGUCCUUACACGCAGCCUUCCUCAAGGCGUUCGCCCUUCACAUUGUUCACAAUGGCCAAUCUACUCCUGCAGAAUUAAGCAGCCUAUUAAGCUCAACCACUCGACUUUGGAAAAAACACGCUGUGACUGGGGAGGAUAUUCAACGAGUGUUGGCCAUCUACGAGCUGGACGUCUCAACACACUUCAGUGGUCGCCUCCUUAAGCAUCAAGAGGGCCCUUUCAAACUCACAAUGUCGGGCGCUGACUUCAUCCGUUAUAACGUCGAGUAUGUUGGUUGGGGUGAUAAGAGAUCUACCAGCUCUCGUUGGAACGAAUAUAACCUGCAAAAACUUUACGAGGCUGAAGUCGAGGCCUGCUGGAUAUCUCAGCGGAAUAACCCGACCUGUUGGAUCCAUGGCGCAAUUAGGAAUUUUCCUCGUCUGGACUUUCACGUCGGUAUCGAGACUCAAGUACGGAAAGCCAGAGCCGAGACGGUCCGAAUGGAGAUCCUAAGCCUAUCAUCCCACGCACAAAACCGUGCGGGAGCCCAGUUCUUGACACAUACGAGCAACAACUCUGAGGAUCAUGAAGCCAACAACUCACAGGCGGUGAAGGAUCGGACAUUGUCUCUUUUAGAUCGCGUCAGAGCCAAGGCACUUGUCAGUUCUGCCGGGACGUCUCAGAGUGCAGAAGCCUCUCUUCGUCGCUAUGCUAUCGGUCGCAUUGCAGAGGUGGUGGAGAUUCUCCGGAUGAAGCAACAACGGAAGCUAAGCGCCAAUUUCGUGUCAUACGUUCAUUCAAGCCCGAGCAAGGUUCGAGGCAAGGUGUCGUUUAGCAUGAACCAGUUGAUCAACGACAUCAAAAGCAGCCUGACCGCCCCUAUCGGGAGUGCAGAGCUCAGAAUGUGUAUUCAUAUACUUCAAGACGAAGUCCCAGGAAUGUGGGUGUCAGUCUAUACUGUCGGAACAGUCGAAAGCGUCAUUCUUAAUGGACCGGGCUUAAGUGGUAUCGAGGUUAAGAAGAUCCUUGAUCAGAAAGAAGAGGCGAGGUGA